AUGAGAGAUUUUUAUGGUAAAGACCCAUCCUACAGAAAAGCUGAUAUGACGAUUAACUAUCUGGGAUACUGGACUGAUAAUGGCGCUACUUAUUUUUGGAACACAGAGCCACACAAGUCUUAUGAACAAACCAUUUAUGAUCGAUUCUGGAAUGAUUUGUUUAAAGAAAGUAAAUUAUGGGGUCUCACGGUUUAUGAACAGGAUUUUAUGAGUGUAAAUACAGAUACGAUCAACGCGACUGUUUCCGAUGUUUAUUCUGGUAAAAGCUGGUUGAUGGACAUGGGAAAUGCAGCCAGAAUGAAUGGUUUGACUAUUCAAUACUGCAUGGGCUACCCGAGGCAUGUUAUGACAGCGCUCGAAAUACCUGUUGUUACACAAGGUCGUGUCCUAUUUGAUAACCGCCCUAGUUCGGACCAUUGGACAAUAGGGGUAUCGUCUUUAUUUGCCGAAGCUAUGGGUAUAGCACCAUAUAAAGAUGACUUUUGGUCCAUGGAAGUUCAGCCGGGAAACGGAUACAGUAAGUAUUUACAUACGAGUGAUCUAACAGAGCCACAUACAGCCAUUCAUGGUGCAAUUUCAACGUUGAGUACAGGGCCUGUUGGUCCCAGUGACCAAGUUGGAAAUAGCAAUGUUAGUCUCAUUAUGAGGUGUUGUAAUACGGAAGGUUUAAUUUUGAAGCCCAGUAAACCUAUAACAGCCAUUGAUAAACAAAUUCAACAGAUGGCGUUUGGGGGUAAUGUUGGACCAGAAGGUAAAGUCUAUACAACAUACAGUAAUAUUAACAACUAUAUAUUUGGUGUUAUAUUAGCAGCUAAUAUUUCCAUAGAUUAUACACUCAUGGUUCAAGAUACUGGAAUUAAUAUGGUAAUAUUUUGA